AUGCAUUGUGCACUAUGCAAUACGGAUUUCAAUGAUAGCGUUAAGUGUGGAUCGUGUAAAAAGCAACUUUGUUUUGGCUGCUCAAAUAUAACCGAAGCUGGGUAUAGGAAGCUGGGUGCCGACCGAAGGGCUGCGUGGAGGUGUUCCUAUUGCCGGAACCUUCUAUACGCCCCUUCAACGCCAACGCCAACCACGUCGCCGCCGAUCCCUGCCAUUGAUGGUGGUGCUUCAAUUGAUAUGGUUCUGCAGGAAAUACGUGACCUAAAACUACAGCUUCACUGCCUACCAGCACUCAUUGAUGACGUGAAAAGCAUUAGGCGUGAAAUACAAGAGCUAAAAUCAUCCUGUGAAUUUAAUAGUGAAAAAAUAAUUAACUGUGAGUCCAGAAUAACUGAUCUUGAAUCCAAGAUACCGAAAUUGGAGCAAAUAAAAAUAACAGUUGACUCGACACUCUCUGAAAUAUCGACCCUGAAAAAGGAGUUAGCUGCUAAGGAACAAUGGUCUCGACUUAACAAUGUCGAGAUAAAGGGAGUUCCCCUAAAGAGAGAUGAAAACCUUUUUUCAAUAGUAGAAAACAUAUGCACGCAAGUUGGUUACACGAUCCCCAAACAUCAAAUAAAUUAUAUAGCGAGGGUGCCGACACAUUUUGGUAAAGAUAAAUCUAUUAUUGUCAACUUCAUCAACCGCUACAUAAAGGAAGAAUUUGUAGCUGCAGCGAGAGCCAAGAAAUUCAUGACAGCGAAGGACAUUGGGUUUGUGGGUAACGAACAACGUCUGUAUGUUAAUGACCACUUAACACCGUAUUCUAAGACUUUGUUAACUAAAACCAAAGCUAUUUGUAAAGAUAAAGCUUAUCAAUACGUUUGGGUAAAGUAUUGUAAAAUUCAUGUUAGAAAAAAUGACACUACGAGGGUUAUGAUUAUAACAAGUGAUAGUGAUUUAAACAAGUUAGCUUAA